CCUCCCUCGGGAGCACAAUCUAUCUUUCUGUCAUUGUUUAUGCAAUACAAUAAUAAUUUGACAGAAAAUUCGACGCCCGUAAACAUAAAUUUUUUUCCUUCCACCGGUUCCACCGCAUUAGUGUGUCAAGAAAUUUUCUGUUGCACUCUCGUUAUUUGCAAUUUUCUAAUUUCUAUCUGAAAGAAAAGUGUCAUAUCCGCUAAAAAAAAACACCGCAAAAAAAGGUUUAUUUUUUAUUGUGUUAGUGAAAAGGAAUUAACAAAGAAAAGAAGAAGAGAAAAAACAAGAAGAAGAAGAAAAAGAAGAAGAAGAAGAGGAAGAAAAAGAAGAAUUAACAAAGAAACAAAAGAAGAUAAUUCAUAAUGUCAAGUUCAGAGGACGAUGUUAAAUAUAUGCCACCGGAAAAUUUGGAAAUGGAAACAUCGGUAAAUUUGGAAUCGCCAUUAUUACAAUUGAAAUCGAAGGAAAAUUAUGACGCGGCUUAUCAGAAUUUUAAAAAUUGGCGUGAAACAAAAUUAUAUUUGACAAAUGAAAAUUCAAUAAUGGAAUAUUUUCAAUUGUUGAGCGAAAAAUAUAAGCCAACGACAUUGUGGGCGCAAUAUUCAAUGUUAAAGAGUACAAUUGGAAUUAAUGAGAAAAUCGAUAUCAGUAAUUUUAAAACAGUGUCGGCAUUUUUGAAAUUUAAAUCGCAAGGUUUUCAAAGUAAACGUUCGAAUAUAUUCAAGGCGGAGGAAAUUUGUGAAUUUAUUGCAAGAGCACCCGAUGAAUUUUAUUUAGCAACAAAGGUCUGUCUAAUACUCGGAAUUGCCGGCGCAUGCAGAUCAGACGAAUUGGUGAAAUUAAAAACAACAGAAGUCGAAGAACACGGAAAAUUACUACUCGUAAAAGUAGCUGGUACAAAAUUUAAAAAAUCCCGUUCAUUCACAAUAACUCCCGAAUAUUCCGAUGUUGUUAAACAAUAUCAAAGAUUACGUCCAAAACGAACGGAGACCGACAGAUUUUUCCUCAAUUAUCAAAGGGGAAAAUGCACCGUUCAAGUGAUUGGAAAAAAUAAAUUCUCCAGUAUGCCAAAGCAAAUUGCGGCGUUUUUAAAAUUAAAGAAUCCCGAUUUAUACACGGGACAUGCAUUUCGACGUACUGCCGCUACAUUACAAAAGGAAGUUGGAAGUAAUAUUCUCGAUUUAUUGACAACAUCGACAGCAACAACAACGACGACGACGACGACAACAACAGCAGCAAAUAGUGAAGGUAGACAAUCGCAGAGAACAAAUCAAAUGGAUGAUAAAUUUCCUUCAAUUAAAUUUCAAGAGGUUUUAAUUCCUUAUGAGGACUCGGACAAUGAUUACAAUGAUGAUGUCGAUGAGGAUGACGAUAGUAAUGUUGUGCCAUUGAAGCAGCCGAAAUUGGAAAUUGAUUAUGAAUUGAAACAAGGAAAUGAUCCUCUUGAGAAAAUGGUUUAAUGUGAAGAGAGAGAGAGGGACAGAGAGAGAUUUUAUAUUUUCGGUAUUUUUCU